CUCUAUAGAAAGUGACAACUCCAUAUAUUGUUCUUAAAACAAAUUUCUAAAUUUUGAACCUGAUUUGAAUAGGAAUCAAUUAUUGAAAUCAAUUACCUUGAAGCUUAAAGUCUCGAAAAUAGGUAGCCUAUUGUCAUCAAGCAGACACGUGAUGUCUGAACAAAUUAAACAAUUGGUCGACUCGAAGAUCACUUCGAAAAAAGUGAUGGUGUUUACGAAAGCACAUUGCCCAUAUUGUCGCGAUGCCAAAAAAGUGUUGGCAGAAUAUCGAUUGCCGCCGGAAGAAUACGAGAUAAUGGAUAUUGAAAACGAUCCUCAGUGUUCAGAAAUCCAGACCUAUCUCGAGAUAUUAACUGGUGCAUCGUCCGUACCCCGAGUGUUUAUCAAUGGCCGCUGUAUUGGUGGUGGCGACGAUACUGUUCGUUUGCAUAAAUCAGGAGAGCUAUCCAAAUUACUUUCUUCAUAAUGUUGGAAUCAUAUUUAAUGCCAUUUCUAUGGAUACUUUAGUGUUAGUUAAUGACUUUUUUUACGUUUGGUUAUAAUAAAUGGGAUGUUAAGUUAUAA